UGUCCAAAGAUUCUGUCUGUUUACUAUUUAGCACAAGUACAGCUGUACAUGUAUUUUUGACGACAAAUUAUACAGUUUUAAAUUAAAAUAGUUUCACUGAUUAUGCUAUCCACAUCUUCUCCUCCAGCUGUUACUUUAAAUGAUGCUAGUAAACCAACAUCGAAACAUCAAACUUCCUGCGACGAAAUGAGCACGAAUGGAAGUGAUAACAAUGAACUUCAAGACAACACAACACAAAUCAAUCCUAAGAACAAUACAAGUGAAAGUAAUGCUGUGAGUGCUGAUACAAAAUUGCAAAAUAAUGUGGGAACGCCAAAAAAGAAAAAUGCCCGUAAGCGUGAAAAAUUAAAGAAAUUACAAAUACCUUCACCAAAUGUAAGUUUGCACUCAAACCCUGAAGCAAGAUUCACUCCAGGAAACGGUGAGUCCCUUGAAUUACGUCCAUCUACUUCGCAAGAAGUUACAAAUCAAGUAUCGAAAUCUCAAGGCAAAGGUGUACAGGACACAAAAAAUAUUGUAAAAAAAAAGAAUAAAGAUGUAUCGAAAACAAUAAAUGAGGGAUUGUCUCAGUUGCAUGUUUCUUCCAAAAAGCAAGAUCACGCGAAUUCACAGCGAACUAAUACGGUAAAUGAUUACUUUGUACAACAAGUCAUCCCAUUAUAUGCUACAGCAAAUGCCAGGUAUCUAGAAAACCUCUCACAUCAUCCGCAGUUCCAAUUUGCGCAAAAUAUUACUUCCCAGCAAUUAUUUAAUCAUUAUAGACAGACAUCAAGUGCUCCAAACUCUCCGUCAGUACCUGGAAACAUGCAUCUUAGCCCUAUCAGUUUUCCAAAUUCACCAUAUAUUCAAUCAAAUUUACAUUCUCCAAAAUUUAUGCAAAACGUCAUGCAACACCCUUUAUUAAAUCACUCAGUAAAUGUGGGCAGAAAUUUUAAUAUGCAGAGAAAUAUGCAUUAUGGACCCAUCAAUGCUAUGUAUUUUAAUGAAAUAAAAAACAUGUCUUCCCAACAAGUCACCCCAAACCGUACAAAUGGUAAAAAAGACCAAAAGAGUUCUGAUCAAAAAUUUGAAAAUUAUAUGUCACAAGAAGAUGUGGAACAAGGCUUGGAAAAUAACACACUUUUGGAAGGAGUGUUACGUAUUAAUCCAAAGCAAUUUCAACAUGCAUAUGUUUCAAGUCAUGAUCGUAGUGAGCAAGAUGUUUUAAUAGAAGGAGUAAAAAAUAGAAAUCGUGCCCUUGAAGGUGAUGUUGUAAUUGUUCAAUUCAUUGACACUGACUCAGAAGAAAAUACAGAUGAAAACAAGCAAAAAAAAGGCAAAGUUGUGUAUAUAAAGGAAAGAGUCCAUUUACGCAAUUGCAUUGGAACAUUAAAGUUGAUGCCAGAUAAAAAUAGACAAAGGGCUCUUCUAGUUCCUAGGGAUUUUAGAAUGCCUAGAUUAAAUGUACCCUGCACAUAUUGGCCAGAUAAUUUUUAUAAUGAUUCAAAAAGCUACGAAAAUACACUCUUUCUAGCCAAAAUAAUAGAGUGGUUUGAUACAAGAUUUGCUAUAGGUAAAAUAGUGUGCAACAUUGGUGUGUCAGGAGACAUGCAAUCAGAAACAAAAGCAAUUUUAGCACAAACUGACUUAGAUGUCACACCUUUUGGUUCAGAAGUCAGGCAUUUGUAUCCUCACCUAGAUUAUGUUAUACCAGAAGAGGAAAUUAAAUUGAGAGAAGAUUGUCGAAAGUUAUGUAUUUUCAGUAUUGACCCCCAUAACUGCCGUGAUAUUGAUGAUGCUGUUUCAUGUAGGGUCCUGGAAAAUGGUAAUUACGAAAUAGGUGUGCAUAUAUCUGAUGUAUCACAUUUCUUAACAGAAAACACUAUACUUGAUGAAAAAGUUGCUGAAAAGGCAACUACAGUGUAUAUGGUUGAAAAAGCAUACCACAUGUUACCUGAUGAACUUUGUAUGCUUUGUUCUUUAUUUCCUGGAGUAGAUAAACUUGCUUUUUCUAUAUUUUGGGAGAUAACAGAUGAUGCUCAAGUUUUGAGUACAAGAUUUAGUAAAACUAUUAUUCAUUCUUGUUGUCAGCUUGCUUAUGAACAUGCACAGGCUGUCCUUGAAAAUAAAGAUGAUGCUGAAUUAAACUUGCCAGAAAUGUACAAUGACUUUAAACAUGCAGAUGUGAAGGAAACAAUAAGAAAUUUGGGUAAGAUAGCAUCUAUUUUAAGGAGGCGACGAUUCGAAGGUGGGGCACUUAGAAUUGAUCAACCCAAAGUAUCCUUCCACUUGAGCCCUAAAGAUGGAAUGCCUGAGUCUUUUUGGAUUUAUGAAAGUAAAGAAAGCCAUCAGCUGAUUGAGGAAUUUAUGUUACUUGCAAAUAUGUCUGUUGCUCAAAGAAUAUACGAAGAUUAUCCUCGAUUAGCAUUUCUAAGAUGUCAUCCAGAACCAAGCGGUUACAUGUUGCGCCAGUUGGAAAAAUCUCUGAAACCCAUGGGCAUAGACAUUGAGAUAUCAUCUGCUGGUGAUUUGCAAAGGUCACUUCUACCAUAUGUAGGUCCCUCUAACACUGAUAAAGGAAAAGCAAUGGUUUUAAGUAUGUUGUGUACAAAACCAAUGGCAAGAGCGAAAUAUUUUUGUGCUGGUGGAUAUGAAGAAGACUUCCAUCAUUAUGCGUUGAAUGUUCCAUUAUAUACACAUUUUACAAGUCCCAUUAGGAGAUAUGCCGAUAUAAUGGUUCAUAGGUUAUUAUCAGCUAGUAUUAAAUACAGAGAUGUGCCCAAGUGGGAAGUCGACAAAGUCAGAAUGGUUGCCGCACAAUGCAAUAAACAAAAAUACAAUGCUAAAAAAGCUGGCGAAUUAUCUACAGAAUUAUAUAUUCUGAAAUAUAUUGCGAUGCAUUCUCCUGUGACAACCGAAGCAGUUGUUGUUGAAGUUCGAGAAAAGUACAUAGAUGUCAUUAUCGUUGCUAUGAGCCUAAACAGAAGAAUAUUUUUCAAUAAUGAUUUCCCCGGGGAAUAUAAAUGUAUAAAAAAUGAUGCAGGCAUGAAAUUAUCCAAGAUGGAAUUGACAUGGAAAGCCACAGAUGAUCUACCUCAAGUCAAACAAACCAUUAGUGUGUUUUCUACACUACAAGUGGAAAUGAAUAAGGGAGAUGACAUGGUGAAGGUUGAAAUUAAACUGGUUAGACCUCUGCAAUCAGACCCUACUUAAUAGUUUUAUAGGCACAAUAUUAGUUAUAUAUUCAUGAUCUUUAAUGUUUUAGCAUAAUAAUAGUAAAUUGACAAAAUUUUAAUAAUUAUGAUGAAAUAAUUGCAUUAUUUUUUUUAAACUGUAUAUUUUAUACAAUGUGUAUGUUGGACUUGGUAUUAUGCUCAAAUAUGAGAUAUUGUAGAAUUUUGACAAAGUAUAAAAACUGGUGGUAUUAUGAAAGUAAUAAUAUCACAGAUUUUUUAUACUAUGAAAUGUUUAAUGAUCCUCCUGUUGUAGGUAAGUACUAAGUACCUGAAAUAAUUAAUUCAGAUAUUCAUCUUUUCAAUUGAAAAUGUCUUCAUGUUGUAUGUGUACUUAUUUAAAAUAUUUUUAUGAUUAAUAUUUUUUUUAUUUGUCAUUUAAAUUCGAGCCCAAUUCGUUGAAGGACAAAGUACAUUUUUAUUUAUUUUAAUUUAUUGACUGUAAAAAAUUAAAUGCGGCAAUAAAUGUAAUACAUAAUAAUUUAUAUUUUAUAGAAUAAGUAGUAGAUUUGUAUGAAUGUUUUACAGUUUAUGCAUAUUUUUGUAGUGACUUUUUUAAUUACCUAGUUUAAUUAUGUAAGACUUUCAACUCUGUUGUUUUUAUUCUAUGAUCGUUGAUAUUAGAAAGUAGAUGGAAGAUGUUAAAGCAAUUCGAACUUAAAAUAAACACUUAAUUUUUUUUACAUAAAUUGGGAAGUGUUGUUUAUAGUUAGUUGUUUUGACUUCGCACUUUCGACUUUUCGAUCUUAUCUACAAUUUUAAUGAAUUUUAUUAGAAAAUAAAAUGAAA